UCGGCGCGGCGUGUGAGGUGAUGCGACAAUUCUCACCUCGUCGUCGCAUGACUCUUGUCACCCGAUUCCGGUUGUCGACGCGAGUGAGGUGAGAGGUUCACUUUUGCUGCAACUGAGAGAAUGAACGUAAACAAACAUCUUGUUCAUCUGAAGAACUGUCAGACUGGCGUGUUACAAGGUGUUACGUGAAAGCUUUCGGAUUAUGGCGUAUCUGAAGAAUGUUAUUUUUAAUGCUUUUUUAAUAUUGUCAGAUUUCACCAUUUUUCGAAUAAAAUAUGUAAGAAAUUAACCUGUAUAUACACGUUUUUUUAUUCUCAAUAAAAAAAAGUAUUUUAUAUGGAUUUUUGGCGGAUUUUAUUCGCAUUUCUGAAAACACCAAUUGAUCGAGCAUUUGGCCCUUAUCGCAGUUGCCACCUGUAAAUUCGUACUUCCAAACAUCAAACAGGCGGAUUCGUUUUGGGGAAAUAUUUUUUUGCUAAUAUCUUAAAACUAAUUAGUUAGUUUUGUGGUGUAUUUUGUGCAAUGAGUUGCUUCGAAUUCUGGUUCAGUGAUGACGAGAUCGAGGAAGAAGAGGAACAUUUAGAUUUUGUUCGUCUCGAACGUCGAAGAUUGCGGGAUAUGAGUAACCCGUUGGAGAUACCGGAAGAUUCAUUCAUAUCAUACUUUCGAGUAACAAAGGAUUUGUUCAGAUAUUUGAUGGACAACGUGGGAAACAAAUUAGGAGGAUCUGUAAAAUCCUCAUCCGUUCCACCGAUGCUCAGAUUAACAGCAGCGUUGAGGUUCUUUGCGGAAGGAAGUUACCAAAAGGGAGUUGGUAACGACUUGUUCGCAGGGAUGGCUCAGCCAACGCUUUCGAAAGCAUUGUCAUCUGUUAUUGAAGCUUUUGAGGUCGAAAUUUGUCCGGUGGCAAUACAGUUCCCCACAUCAGAAGCAGAGAAAGAUGAAAUUAAACGCAGUUUCUAUGAAAAAACCGGUUUCCCUGGUGUAAUCGGGUGCGUCGAUGGCACACAUGUCAAGAUCUUCAAACCCAUUAGUCACAUCCAACACCUGUAUUACAACAGGAAAGGGUUCCAUAGCUUGAACGUCAUGCUGGUUUGUGAUCAUCGGCAGUUUAUUCGAUAUGUCGAUGCCAACAGCCCUGGUGCCAAUCACGAUUCAUUCAUAUGGAACAACAACGAAUUAGAUGCUGUUUUGAAUCAAAAUUAUCGAAAUGGAGAAACCAACACAUGGCUUUUAGGUGAUGCAGGAUAUCCUCUAAAACCGUAUUUAAUUACACCAUUUCGGUCAUCUGCAAAUCUACCGAACUCCUCGAGGCAAACAAAGUUCAAUGAAAUUCAUUCAAAAACCAGAAAUAUAAUCGAGAGGACUAUCGGAGUAAUGAAGAAUGUGUUCCGAUGCAUAUUGGCAGCACGUCAAUUACACUAUAAACCUGAAAAAGCAGCAAGAAUUGUAAAUGUGUGCUGUGCGUUGCAUAAUUUGAGGAAAAGGUUCAAUGUACCCGAAGACAACAUACAAUGGGAAGAGCCGGACGACAAUGAAGUAUUGGAUCCUCCAUAUGAAGGCGAACCAGAUGCAUCAGCAAAUGAAAUAAGAGAAGAAAUAAUGUAUUCUAUCACGUAAAUUUACAAUUAACUUGUAUGUAUUUAUAAUAAGUGAAAAUAAAUCUUAAAUACAUAUAUGGAUACAUUGAUUUUUUUUAUGUUUUUAUUAGUGUGUAUUUUAACUAAAAGCUAAUUCUACACUACUUCCACAGAGAACAGACGUCUCUUCGCUUUCUGCCUUGUGUAAAACUUUGUAACGGUCAUAUCAGAGUAUGUGGCUAUGCUCCCGUUGCGCGGCGCUAGCAUCCCAUCACUUACAUUGUUGUGUUGUCAAAUUUGUUUCCAGUGCUCGCUCGUGUCGCUUUGCGGGCUAGUGUAUUUUAACGAUGAACACUGCCAUCGUGGGGUCAAAUCGACUUUAUAUGUGGGGCAGUCUCCGUUGGUGGCGUUGAGGUACACUUAAAUCCUUUACACACGAUUUCGACGUAUUUUUGUUCGAGCUUAAACGUCUGUUCUCUGUGCUACUUUCUUGUUAAUUGUGAUAUUCACUUAAUAUGUAUACGAAAAUUUUCAACGGUCUGUCAAACCAACUAAGGGUGAAUAAGAAUUAUGUGGUGCGGGGGCAUUUGGGAAGAGGGUCCUGUAACUAAGAAUUGCUUCAAAAUUUUGUCCAGGGAUUUUUCGAGAAUUCCUUCAGAGGUUCUUUUUUAUUCUUGAUUUUCUCCAGCGAUUUUUUUGGGGAUUUCUCCACGGAUACCCUCAGAAAGUCCUCCAGGGAUCCCAUCAGGAAUAUUUCUAGUGAUACCUUCGCGAAUUCCUCAAAGGAUUCCUUCAGCGUUCUUGUUAGAGAUUUCUUGGAAAAUUUCGGUAUAGUAUAGGAGAACGAGAUUCCGAGAAACAUCCCAAUAAUUUUUUCUUAAGCUCCUCUAAGGAUUUCGUCGAGAAUUCCUCCAAAUAAAUAAAUUUUCUAUAUGAAUUCUAGCAGAUCUUAUCAAAGAAUAAUCAGAGAAACUCUA